CCCUCCCACCGCGGACCGCACAGCGGACUCUGCUGCUGCUGCUGCUACCAGCUCACAGCCCACACGGAUGCUCGGCCGACGAUUCGCCGGCUUCGCUUACUGCAGCCUUUCCGCACUGGCUACCCGUACAUCACCGCACCAUCAGACACCGCAAUAAGAACACUACUGCCAGCUGUUUCCUCACGAGGUAUGUGGGAACAGCGCUACUGGGGGAACAGAAUCGAUAGAAGACAUUGCGUUACCCUGCCAGAAGGGACAUACACCGUUGGCCAUUAAAACUGCUGAACCAGGAAGGAAAGAUGAGGCUGCCCUUCACUGGAACACUGCAGUACAUCGCAGCGUUUACUGCGACGCUGUCGUACCUGUCUUGCGGCAUGCUGGCUGGCUGGACGUCGCCGAUGCUGCCGCGGCUGCGCGAGCCUGGCUCGCACCUGCCGCUGACGGCAGACGAGGCCUCCUGGGUGGUUUCUGCCACCAGCAUGGUGAUGCCGCUCCCCGUCCUGCUCGUGCCCUUCGUCGUCGACGUCGUCGGCCGCAAGACGCUGCUCGUCGCCUCCGCUGUGCCCGUCUUUGCCUCCUGGCUCAUGGUGCUGUUCGCCGAGUCGGCGGCGAUGCUGAUCGCGUCUCGGCUGGUGGCGAGCCUGGGGGUGGGCGCGGUGAUGUGCGUGGGCCCGAUGUACGUGUGCGAGGUGGCGGAGGCGCGCGUGCGCGGCGCGCUGGGCACGCUCUUCCAGUUCAUGCUGAGCGCGGGCUCGCUGCUGGCCUUCAGCCUGGGCCCCUACCUCUCCUACGAGGCGGUGGCCAUCGCGUGCGCCGCCGUGCCCGUCGUCUUCCUAGCCUGUUUCGUCUGGAUGCCCGAGUCGCCCUACUUCUUCGCGAUGCGCGGCCGCGACGAAGAGGCAGAGCGCGUACUGCGGCGACUCCGAGGCUCCGUUCCUGACGAGGACAUCGCACAGGAGCUCGCCGUCGUCCGCAAGUGCGUCGAGCAGCAAAAAGGUUGCAGGCAGUCGUGGCUGCAGCUGCUGGGCCAGCUGGUGCGGCGGCGCGGCAGCCGGCGCGCGCUGGUGGUGUGCGUGGGGCUGAUGCUGGCGCAGGUGUGCACGGGGCUGGCCACGCUGCUGGGCUACACCACGGAGGUGUUCCAGCGGUCGGGCGCGGCGCUGGACGCCGACGUGUGCUCCAUCGUGGUGGCGGCCGUGCAGGUGGCCACCAGCGUGGCGGCCGCGCUGCUCGCCGACCGCGCGGGCCGCCGGCCGCUGCUGCUGCUCUCCUGCGCCGGCUGCGCCCUCACCAUCGCCGCCGAGGGCGUCUUCUUCUACCUCAAGGACGUGGUGCACGCGGACCUGUCCGACGUGCAGUGGCUGCCGCUCACCGCCUUCCUAGGCUUUCUCGUGUUCAACAUCCUGGGACUGGGACCGGUGCCGUGGGCGAUGGUGGGCGAGGUGUUCCCCUCGGAGGUGAAGGGGCUGGCCACCGCCAUCGUGACGGUGGUGCUCAGCGUGAGCUCGACGGCCGUGGCGAAGCUCUUCCAGGUGGUCAGCGACCAGGUGGGCAUGCACGUCGUCUUCUUCUCCUUCUCGGCGUGCGCCGCCGCCGGCCUCGCCUUCACCUACUUCUGCGUGCCCGAGACCAAGGGCCGCUCCUUCCUGGAGAUCAUGCGCCACUUCGAGGGAGACGCCGCCGAGUUGCCAGAAUCCAGCAAGAAGCAACCUGCAGCUGUGCCGCAGCACCCGGCCCUUCAUCUCUGACGUGGUAACAGGACACUAGCUCGUUGCCGCAUGUUACUAGACAAACGUGCACGUCAGUAAGAAUGUGACGACUUGUGUCCAGACAGUAUAUACUUCGUUAAACGUUGUGUUUUGUUCUGGUAACACUGAGUAGUUUUUGUGACUCUUUCUCCGUUUCAACUGUGUUGAAGAUACAUGUUUGACAGAGACAACUGAUGCAGUUUUUCUCUUGCAUUUGUGCCAGCUACAAGACGAGAAUAAUCCAAAACGCAUGACUUUUUUAACGGCGAUGAUGGGCACUAAGUGCCUGAGUGAAAAUGAUUCUGGGACUUGACAGAUGUAUAUUCAAACAUCAGACACCGCCAGCCAGUCACAUGUGUUGACGUGCACAUGCUCGCUCUCUGGCUGCACAAAUUUUAUGUACAAAUAUUAAGUUAGCGAUAAUUGUUAUUUAUAAAACUACAAAAUAAUAUAUAUUCAACAAUGAUGGUAAAUAUAAAAUUAUUUAAAAUAACUGCAACAUUUGUAUUUUAUAUUAUAAAUGUAAAUAAGAUGUAAUGAAGAAAUAUACCAAACUGCAAAACAUUUAAUAUGAUUUGUAACAUCUAUGUCUACAUGUACAUACAAACUCCACAAGCCAUCCUUCGGUGCACAGUGAAGGACACUUUGCGCCACUACCAGUUUAG